AGUCGGUACAGUUGAUCCUCAUUUUUGAAAAAGAAAGACCUAAAGUUGUGAUCUUAAAAAACCCGACCACGCAAUUCUGGUUACUCUAUUUAAGCUCCCUCUACUGGUUCAUAUACCCGUUUGUACAAUUGUAUCUUUUUUUCAAACCUGAUCCUCACAUUUUCUUAUUCAACUGACAUUCCGUGUUGGCUGUGUGUAAUGUAUUUUUACAUUUAAAAUUGUAUUUACUAUUUAUUUGUUUCUAUUUCCCUCUUUUUUGGAUUAUAUCUACAAUUUAAACCUACAGUAUUAUUUCAACAAUCACCAAUACUAACCAUUUAAUACCAAAGAUGAACUCUUUCAAUUUAAUUGCUUUAAUAAUCUUCACUUUGACUGCUUUAACUUCAGUCAAUGGUCUUCGUUGUUACAAGUGUAACUCUUUAUCCAAACCAUACUGCUCGGAUCCCUAUGAUCCACCAGACACUGGUGCAGUUGCACUCGAAUAUCAAGCUGAUUGCGACAAAGAGAUCGACAAAGUAGUUCGUAAUGAAACCCAUCAAGGUUUAGCGCCUCACGUUGAUCGCAAUGGAUCCCAAUAUGUUGCAGUCUGUCGGAAGGUCGUGCAAAAAGUUGAAAAUGUUGUUCGAGUUUUCCGUUCAUGUGGUUGGUUCGAUGCGGCCAGCGAAGAGCCUAUCUGUUCACAGCGAACCGGAUCUUUAGGUGUUACCCAUACCCACUGUGUCUGCAGAGGUGAUUUAUGUAACCAAGGAGUUAUUCCUCAAUCAACGUCCAUCAUUCUUCUUCUGACCAUUCCUUUAUUCACAUUAGGCUUCAUCAACUCGUUAACCAAUACUCUAGUUUAAAUAGUCAACUUAAUACAUUACUUGAUAUAACGAAAACAAACCAAAAAAUGAUCAUCAAAUUUAAACAAAAUUUUGACCCAAAAAUCCAUAGUAAUAUACAACUUUUGGCCAUUCCAGUCUAAUCUUAUCCAAAAUCGUACAUUCUAGUCUUCAUCAUUCUAAUCAAUUGUUUUAAUCUUUAAUUUUAACUCUUUGACAAUUUGAAAAUCAUCAAAAAAAAAUAAUCAACACCAAAGACUUGCCUUUAUAAGGUAAAGUUAUGCUGCUAAAUCAACCAAAGACUCAAAGAAUAAUUGCUAUUAAUUUGUCUACUAUUCUCAAAAUUAGCAAUUAACUUCUUUUUCUAAUUUAGCUAAUUGUUAAAGUUGCUUGAAAAGACGGUCGAUUGAUAUUUGCACUGCCUCAAAUGUAUUAAGAUAUUCAAUUGAAACUCUAGUCUUAACUGUACAAUGAAACAUUGACUCUGCCAACUGGUCAGUUUUAUUACAUUUGGCGUUCAAAUUGUGCUAUUUAAAAAUGUCUUAUAUUACAUUGAGUAAACUAAUUUUAAUUUAAUUCACAUCAAAACCGAAAUAGAUUCAAACUACUUCAUUAAUUGUGAAAAUUAUUUACGCUUUGCGGGCAGCUUCUCAUAUCACUCGACACUGCCUUUUAACACACACACAACUAAUCAAUUGAUUAAUUAAUGCAAUCAAAGUCAACCAUUUGAAACUUAACCAGAAUCGUCUUUUCCCGAUUCGCUUCUGGUUGACAAAAUACUAAACAAUUGUGUUGAUUGUCUAACAUUAGCUGACUCCAAGUAACUAAAGGCUUGUUUAAUUACUAACCUACAUAACUUAACAAUCAAGUGCAACCGUAAACACAAUAUUAAUUACUGCUAAUUUUUUCAAUUAAUAUCUUGUUUCAAUGGGAAAACAUCAAUCUUAUCAUAAACAUAAUAAACGAAGACAUGAAACUAAAACUGAAAUUGAAUUAAUAAUUAACCAGAGAAAUUGUCAAAUUAAUAUCUCAAAUCAAUGUAAUUGUUUUGUUUGUCAACAUUUGAAACAAUGAUGAACCAAAUCAACAGACGAAGCAGCAAAUUGCAAAUUUAGCUUUUAUUGUAACCUUUUAAUUCAAAUUAAUUGCUUAAAAUGAUUUCAAGUUUUAAUCAAUUACCGAUAAUUUCAAUUCUCACUAUUGACUAGUUAAUACGCAUAAUAAUCUUCACUCACCUUUUUAACCUUUAUUUUGUAGACCCAAUAAUUAUUAUAUAAAUUUGCUCAAUAAAAAAUACAUGUAAUUAAAA